CGGAGCUCCGAGCCGCGCGGACACAGCUGAGCCCAGCCCACUGGACGUCAGACUUCUCCCGUCGCUCGCUCCCCAUCCACCCACCGUUCGGAGCCGAGGCGGAGUCCUCCCGAUCUUCCCCUGCCUCUACCCUGCCCCGAGCCUCCUCUCCAACUCCCGCGUCGUGGCACCACCUGCCUCGAGCAGCACCCUUGGUCAUGGAAACCCUGCAGCUGCUGGCUUCUGCCCUCUUCUGCUGCCUUCUAUUGAUCAGGGGGUUGGGAGCAGCGCCCCCGGGACGCCCUGAGGCGCAGGCACCUCCUUUCAGCUCUGACCAUAAAGUGGCAGUAGCUGGAGACCCAGUGCCCGGGUCCAAGGAGGGCAGCCCCCCCGAGGUCCGAGCUGCUCGGAAUUCCGAGGCGCAGGACGAAGGCGAUCUCUUCCAGGGCGUGGAUCCCCGGGCGCUGGCCGCGGUGCUGCUGCAGGCACUCGACCGGCCGGCCUCGCCCCCAGCAUCAGGCGGCUCCCAGCAGGGGCCGGAGGACGAGGGGGCAGAGGAUCUGCUGACCGAAACCGUGCGCAGCCAGACCCACAGCCUCCCGGUGCCGGAGACCCAAGCGCCUCCGGUGCCGCCUCGCCCCCAGACUCAGGAGGAGAGUGGUCCCGAGGGCUACCCUACCGAAGAGCUGGAGGCCCUGGCGUCCUUACUCCAGGAACUGCGAGAUUUCAGUCCCAGCAACGCUAAGCGGCAGCAAGAGACGGCGGCCGCCGAGACAGAGACCCGUACGCACACGCUGACCCGUGUCAACCUGGAGAGCCCCGGGCCGGAGCGCGUGUGGCGCGCUUCCUGGGGAGAGUUCCAGGCGCGCGUCCCCGAGCGCGCGCCCCUGCCACCUCCCGGCCCCCCGCAAUUCCAGGCGCGUAUGUCCGAGAGUGGGUCCUUGCCCGAAGCCCACCGGUUCGGGGAAGGGGUGUCUUCCCCCAAAGCACACCUGGGAGAGGCACUGGCACCCUUGUCCAAGGCGUACCAAGGCCUGGGAGCCUCCUUCCCCAAGGCGCGCCGGCCGGAGAGCUCGCUCUUGGGCGGCUCCGAGGCGGGGGAGCGCCUCCUACAGCAGGGGCUAGCGCAGGUAGAGGCUGGGCGGCGGCAGGCGGAGGCCACUCGGCAAGCCGCGGCGCAGGAGGAGCGACUGGCAGACCUGGCCUCGGACCUGCUGCUCCAGUAUCUGCUGCAGGGCGGGGCUCGGCCGCGCGGCUUGGGGGGCCAGGGGCUGCCGGAGAAGGUGGAGCCGGCGAGCCCGAGGGAGGCGGAGGCGGAGCAGGAGAGGCGCGGCGGGGAGGAGAGGGAGGAAGAAGAGGAUGAGGAGGCGGCGGAGGCGGAGGCGGAGGCGGAGGAGGCGGAGAGGGCGCGGCAGAACGCGCUCCUGUUCGCCGAGGAGGAGGAGGACGCCGAAGCCGGAGCCGAAGACAAGCGCUCCCAGGAGGAGACGCCCGGCCACCGGCGGGAGGGGGCCGAGGAGGGCGGGGAGGAGGAGGACGACGACGAUGACGAAGAGAUGGACCCGCAGACCAUCGAUAGCCUCAUUGAGCUGUCCACCAAACUGCACCUGCCAGCCGACGACGUGGUCAGCAUCAUCGAGGAGGUGGAAGAGAAGCGGAAGCGGAAGAAGAACGCCCCUCCCGAGCCGGUGCCGCCCCCCCGGGCCGCGCCCGCUCCCACCCACGUCCGCUCCCCGCAGCCCCCACCCCCGGUUCCCGCGCCCGCUCACGACGAGCUGCCCGACUGGAACGAGGUGCUCCCGCCCUGGGAUCGGGAGGACGAGCUGUAUUCCCCGGGCCCCUAUCACCCUUUUCCCAACUACAUCCGGCCGCGGACACUGCAGCCACCGGCCGCCUCGCGCCGCCGCCACUACCAUCACGCCCUGCUGGCUCCGCGCCACCCUCUCGGCCCCGAGGCCCAGGCGCGGCGCGCGCAGGAGGCGGCCGAGGCGGAGGAGCGGCGGCUGCAGGAGCAGGAGGAGCUGGAGAAUUACAUCGAGCACGUGCUGCUCCGGCGCCCGUGACCCGCCGGGCUCCGCCCGGGCACUUCCCCCUCCGUGUCCCCCCUCAGUGUUUGCAUGCGCCCUGGCCCCGGCCCCGCCCUCCCUCGCCCGCGGGCCCCGCCCCGCCCCAGGGCUGUGCCAAGAUCUGUCAAACCUCUUCCUGGAUCCGAAGCCCAAAUUCCCACACUCACCCUUGGGUGACCUGGGGGCCAGUCUGGGUGGGCCCGCGGUUUGUGCGAAUUCCUUCCCCAACGCCCCCCUUCCCCUCCCCCCACUGAAACCUGAAAACUGCCGUUCCAGUGAGUUGUGAAGACGUGUGUCUGUCUCCCCCUUGGUGUCCCACGACCCCCAUCCCCCCUUCAGAUCGCUGUGAACUGACCCCCUUUCCUUCUCUGUUGUAAAUACCCCUCACGGAGGAAAUAGUUUUGCUAAGAAAUAAAAGUGACUAUUUUA